AUGGUUGAUGAUUGUAAUUGUUAUAUAUCAGAUUUAAAUCAACUUAAUAAUCAACGUUUAUACCCGCUAUUACGUCAAAUAGUACAAAAAAAUUAUUUUCGAUUUUUUCCAGUUAAUCUUAAAAAGCCAUGUCAAUUUUGGCCUAGUGAUGGUCAAUGUUUACUUCGUACAUGUGCAAUAAAAUCAUGUCCUAUUGAAAAACUACCUGAAACAUUACGUGAGUCAUUUAAUAGUAAUAAAGCAAAUCGUUUAAUAAAUACAAAACAUAAUGAAAAUAAUAAUGAAAUACAAUGUUCAACAAGUGAUACAAAUUCAACUCUUGGUUUAAUUGAUAAAAAUUUAAGUGAAGAACAUAAACAAACAAUUGAAAAUUGGAUGAAAUUUGAUGAUGUACAAUCAGAAAAUUUUUGUGAUGUUGAUGAUGAAACAUCAAUUGAUUUUGAAUAUCUUGAUUUAUUAGCUAAUGUUGAACGUUAUACGGGUUAUUCUGGUUCAUCAACACAAAGAAUAUGGUCGGCUAUAUAUAAUGAAAAUUGUUUUUUUUUACCUGAUUCAAAACUUUAUUAUGAUUUAAGACAAAAACGCUUAAAUGCAAAUAAAAUGUGUCUUGAAGGACGAACAUUUUAUCGUCUUAUUUCAGGUCUUCAUUCAAGUAUAAGUAUACAUUUAUGUGCAGAUUAUUUUUUUCCAAUACUUGGUGGUGGUGGUGGUUAUUCUGGUAUUGAUGGGCGAUGGGCUCCAAAUUUUGAUGAAUUUAAACGUCGUUUCGAUCCUGAAACAACAGGUGGUGAAGGUCCAAUAUGGUUAAAAAAUCUUUAUUUUAUUUAUUUAAUUGAAUUACGUGCAAUUUAUAAGGCACGUGAUUAUUUACAAAGUCAAACAUAUUUUACUGGAAAUCAAACUGAUGAUUUACAUACAAAACAAUUAAUAACAGAUUAUUUAUUAAAAGAACUUGAACCAUUUUCGAAUCAUUUUAAUGAGAGUGAUUUAUUUAAAAAUGGUAAUGAACAAUUAAAAAUUGGAUUUAAAGAACAUUUUCAUAAUAUAAGUCGAAUAAUGGAUUGUGUUGGAUGUGAUAAAUGUAAAUUAUGGGGAAAAUUACAAAUACAAGCAUUAGGUAUGAAGUAA